GUUUCCAAGUUGUCAAGGGGCCAUAACUGCUGGUGCCUCUUGGGAGCGAAGCACCUGGAGGCAGGGGGCCCACACCCCAUCCCGUAACAAUGACAGCGGAUGAGUUGGUUUUCUUUGUGAAUGGCAAAAAGGUGGUGGAGAAGAAUGCGGACCCAGAAACAACCCUUUUGGCCUACCUGAGAAGAAAAUUGGGGCUGAGCGGGACCAAGCUGGGCUGUGGAGAAGGGGGCUGCGGGGCUUGCACGGUGAUGCUUUCCAAGUAUGAUCGUUUCCAGAACAAGAUCGUCCACUUUUCUGCCAAUGCCUGCCUGGCCCCCAUCUGCUCUUUGCAUCAUGUUGCCGUGACGACUGUGGAAGGAAUAGGAAGCACCAAGUCGAGGCUGCAUCCUGUGCAGGAGAGAAUUGCCAAAAGCCAUGGCUCCCAGUGCGGGUUCUGCACCCCUGGCAUCGUCAUGAGCAUGUACACGCUGCUCCGGAACCAGCCUGAGCCCACCAUUGAGGAGAUCGAGGAUGCCUUCCAAGGAAACCUGUGUCGCUGCACGGGCUACAGACCCAUCCUCCAGGGCUUCCGGACCUUCGCCAGGGAUGGUGGGUGCUGCGGAGGAAGUGGGAACGACCUGAACUGUUGCAUGAACCAGAAGACAGACCACAAGAUCACUCUCUCGCCAUCUCUAUUCAACCCGGAGGAGUUCACGCCCCUGGAUCCCACCCAGGAGCCCAUCUUCCCCCCAGAGUUGCUGAGGCUGAAAGAUACUCCUCAGAAGCAGCUGCGUUUUGAAGGCGAGCGAGUGACCUGGAUCCAGGCCUCAACCCUGCAGGAGCUGCUGGACCUCAAAGCCCAGGACCCCGAGGCCAAGCUGGUGGUGGGGAACACGGAAAUCGGCAUUGAGAUGAAAUUUAAGAAUAAGCUGUUUCCUAAGAUGGUCUGCCCAGCCUGGAUCCCUGAGCUGAAUUCAGUGGAGCAUGGACCUGAGGGUAUCUCCUUCGGAGCCUCGUGUCCCUUGAGCUUUGUGGAAAAGACGCUGCUCGAUGCAGUCACCAACCUUCCUGCCCACCAAACAGAGGUGUUCAAAGGUGUUUUGGAGCAGCUGCGCUGGUUUGCUGGAAAGCAGGUCAAGUCUGUGGCGUCCAUCGGAGGGAACAUCAUCACCGCCAGCCCCAUCUCUGACCUCAACCCUGUGUUCAUGGCCAGUGGGGCCAAGCUGACCAUCGUGUCCACAGGCACCAGGAGAACGGUUCGGAUGGAUCACACCUUCUUCCCCGCGUACAGAAAGACCCUGCUAGCUCCGGAGGAGAUACUGCUUUCCAUCGAGAUCCCCUACAGCAGGGAGGGUGAGUAUUUCUCAGCCUUCAAGCAGGCCUCUCGGAGAGAAGAUGACAUCGCCAAGGUGACCAGCGGCAUGAGGGUCCUGUUCAACCCGGGAACCGCGCAGGUGAAGGAGCUGGCCCUUUGCUACGGCGGAAUGCACGACAGAACCGUCUCAGCCCUCAAGACCACGCGGAAGCAGAUAUCAAAUUUCUGGAACGAGGAGCUGCUGCAGAACGUGUGUGCGGGCCUGGCGGAGGAGUUGUCCCUGGCCCCCGACGCCCCUGGCGGCAUGGUGGAGUUUCGGCGUACCCUCACCCUCAGCUUCUUCUUCAAGUUCUACCUGACAGUGCUUCAGAAACUGGGCAUACAGAACUCGAAAGAUAAGUGUGGCAAGCUGGACCCCACCCAUGCCAGUGCCACCUUACUCUUUCAGAAAGACCCUCCAGCCAACGUCCAGCUCUUCCAAGAGGUGCCCAAGGGUCAGUGCGAGGAGGACAUGGUGGGUCGGCCCCUGCCCCACCUGGCCGCGGCCAUGCAAGCAUCUGGGGAGGCCGUGUACUGUGACGACAUCCCUCGCUACGAGAAUGAGCUGUCCCUCCGGUUGGUCACCAGCACCCGGGCCCAUGCCAAGAUCAAGUCCAUAGAUACUUCAGAAGCUCAGAAGGUGCCAGGGUUUGUCUGCUUUAUCUCCGCUGAUGAUGUUCCUGGGAGUAAUAUAACUGGAAUUGGUAAUGAUGAAAUGGUGUUUGCAAAGGAUAAGGUGACUUGCAUUGGGCACAUCAUUGGUGCUGUGGUCACCGACACCCGAGAACAUGCCCAGAGAGCCGCUCAAGCAGUGAGAAUCACCUAUGAAGAUCUUCCAGCCAUUAUCACAAUAGAGGAUGCUAUAGCAAAAGACUCCUUUUAUGAGCCUGAGCUGAAGAUAGAGAAAGGAAACCUCACGAAGGGGUUUUCGGAAGCAGACAACAUUGUUUCAGGCGAGUUGUACAUUGGUGGCCAAGAGCACUUCUACCUGGAGACUCACUGCACCAUCGCUGUCCCCAAAGGCGAGGCAGGGGAGAUGGAACUCUUUGUGUCUACACAGAAUACCACGAAGACCCAGAGCUUUGUUGCAAACAUGUUGGGGGUUCCGGCAAACCGGAUUUUGGUCCGGGUGAAGAGAAUGGGAGGAGGCUUUGGAGGGAAAGAGACCCGGAGCACUGUCGUAUCCACAGCAGUGGCUCUGGCUGCAUACAAGACGGGCCGCCCCGUGCGCUGCAUGCUGGAUCGUGACGAGGACAUGCUGAUAACUGGUGGCAGACAUCCCUUCUUGGCCAGAUACAAGGUUGGCUUCAUGAAGACUGGGAGGGUUGUGGCUCUGAAGGUGGAGCAUUACAGCAAUGCAGGGAACACCCUGGAUCUCUCCCAGAGUAUAAUGGAACGAGCUCUCUUCCACAUGGACAACUGUUAUAACAUCCCCAACAUCCGGGGCACUGGGCGGAUGUGCAAGACCAACCUGCCCUCCAACACGGCUUUCAGGGGCUUUGGGGGGCCCCAGGGAAUGUUCAUUGCUGAGCAUUGGAUGAGUGAAGUCGCAGUGACCUGUGGGCUGCCGGCAGAGGAGGUGCGAAGGAAAAACAUGUAUAAGGAAGGGGACCUGACCCACUUCAACCAGAAGCUUGAGGGGUUCACCUUGUCCAGGUGCUGGGAGGAAUGCCUAGCAAGCUCUCAGUAUCAUGCCCGGAAGAGGGAGGUUGACAAGUUCAACGAGGAGAAUUGUUGGAAGAAGAGAGGGUUGUCCGUACUUCCUACCAAGUUUGGAAUAAGCUUCACUGUUCCUUUUCUGAAUCAGGCAGGAGCCCUGGUUCACGUGUAUACAGAUGGCUCUGUGCUGCUGACCCAUGGAGGCACUGAGAUGGGCCAAGGUCUUCACACCAAGAUGGUCCAGGUGGCCAGCAGAACACUGAAAAUCCCCACCUCUAAGAUUUACAUCAGCGAGACAAGCACAAACACCGUGCCUAACACUUCUCCCACAGCUGCCUCUGUCAGCACUGACCUCAACGGACAGGCCGUCUAUGAAGCUUGUCAGACCAUUCUGAAAAGGCUGGAACCCUUCAAGAAAAAGAAUCCCAGUGGCUCCUGGGAAGACUGGGUCACAGCUGCCUACCUGGACGCAGUGAGCUUGUCUGCUACCGGGUUUUAUAAAACACCCAACCUUGGCUACAGCUUUGAGACGAACUCUGGGAAUCCCUUCCACUACUUCAGCUAUGGGGUGGCUUGCUCUGAAGUGGAAAUCGACUGCUUAACAGGAGAUCAUAAAAACCUCCGCACAGAUAUUGUCAUGGAUGUCGGCUCCAGUCUGAACCCUGCCAUUGAUAUUGGACAGGUAGAAGGGGCGUUUGUCCAGGGCCUUGGCCUGUUCACCCUGGAGGAGCUGCACUACUCCCCGGAGGGGAGCCUGCACACCCGUGGCCCCAGCACCUACAAGAUCCCUGCGUUUGGCAGCAUCCCCAGUGAGUUCAGGGUGUCGCUGCUCCGUGACUGUCCCAAUAAGAAGGCCAUCUAUGCGUCCAAGGCUGUCGGCGAACCGCCCCUCUUCCUGGCAGCCUCCAUCUUCUUCGCCAUCAAGGAUGCCAUCCAUGCAGCUCGAGCUGGGAACCCGGAUUGUAAGACGAAGAAGCUUUUCCAGCUAAACAGCCCCGCCACCCCGGAGAAGAUCCGCAACGCCUGCGUGGACCAGUUCACCAGGCUGUGUGUCACUGGCACUGCAGAAAGCUGUAAGCCCUGGUCUGUGAGGGUCUGACGACAAAGCCCCCAGCAGAGGCUGCUUAUUAUGCGCGGGAGUUUCCAUGGAGCUUGAGACAUGCCUGCAGAACAUGAUCUAUACAUGUCAUGGGGUGACGGUGCUGUGAGUCAUCAGGAUGAUGUGUGGAAGCACACGGAAUGCAUUGGAAGAUUUUGUUUUGUUUUCGCUGAAGAUUUUGAUCAAAAAUAUGGUUUGCAAACAUAAUGAUAAGCAAAUUCAGAACUCUUAGGCCCAUGUGGCUAAUAUGCAAUGAGAAUCUUUGUAUGUCUGCUUUAAUCAUGUAUGUCAAAUAGGUGUACGUGCUCUGUCCCAGCUCACAGGCAAGGCUGUAUAGCCUCAGAUGCUGACAGUGUUUGUCCUUCAAAGAAGAUGCCCCCCCAGCCUCCGGAAGCUUCCAUCCUAAACCAGAAAGUCUUCCCUUCAAACCAAUGAACAUCACAUUAUAACCGCUGACCCAUAGUCAACUUUGCAAUGGGACAGUGGGGUGAGAUUCAAAUCCCUAACCACCUUUGAUCAUUGAAGAGAAUAGACACUGAAACGAAUUCAAGGUUAAUCUAACCUUGUUAAGUGGCAGCAAGGAAAUUAUUCUAUACCAUCCAAAGCCGACCAACACAUUUACUGAGCACCUACAAUGUGCUAGGUUUCUUUCUCUUCCCCUUUGUACAGUAAAAGAAAUCAGGUUUAAAAUGUUUCACUCGAGGGGCUCUUGGGUGGCUCAGUUGGUUAAACGUCUGAUUCUUGAUUUCGGCUCAGGUCAUGAUGUCACAGUUCGUGAGAUCGAGCCCAGUGCUGGGCUCUGUGCUGACAGUGCACAGAGCCUGAUUGGGAUCUUCUCUCUCUCUCUCUCCCUCUGUCUCUGCCUCUCCCAUGUGCGUGUUCUCUCUGUCUCUCAAAACCAAUAAACUUUAUAAAAAAUUAAAAAUCUUC